AUGCUAAUACUAUUCUUUUUUUUCUUGCUAACUGAGCAAUAAAGAGAUGUUGAAUUCAAUGAUAAAUUCUUUUGGACCUCAAUAGACAGAGUCAAUGAUAAGAAUAUAUACAGAAUAACAAAUCUAGAGCAGCCUUAUUAUUAUGUUUAGGUUACAUUACUAUAACAGGAUUUAUCUUAUUUCCUAUUGUUUGAUUUAAAUUAGAUUCCUGAAUUAAAUGGGUCUCCAGGUGACUACGUGAGUUAUUAUGAAGAGAGAAGAACCAGAUUUCUGAAAAUCGAACCUAAUGGAAAAAUAAUUUACAUUUCUGCAUCCUCUAAUAGCACUAGUGGAUAUUACAAUAUAACAAUUUGGGGUAGCAAGGAGGAGUUUUGUGAUAAUAAUUGUUCAUAUUAUGGUGAAUGCACAGAUGAUGGGUGUGAAUGCAACUCUGGUUAUAUAAGUACUGAUUGCCACUAAACGGCAAAGGAAAUUUAGGAGAAUUAAACACAGAUUAACCUUUUUGGAGAUGAGAUUUAGUUUAUUUAUUUGAACACAAAUGUUUACGAGUAAAUGGAUAUUAAAUUAAGAUUAAGUACUGACAGCCCUUCAGGAAUUGAAAUUUUCUUUGAGCUCACUAAUGCAAUAAUAAUUCCAAACUAAAACUACUUAGAUGCUGAUAGUGUCUUGAUCAAAUAAAAAUUGAUUUAUGACUCUUAACCAUUUGAUUUUACAAUAAAGAAGAACUCUAUUUCUGAAUAUGAUAACAUUUAGUUUGUUUUUGGAGCUAGAUAAUUGAAUAGUCAAUUAAACUCAUUAAACUUUCAACAUACAAUAGAUAUGAAAAUACAAUUUCUAUUAUUGUUAUAAUUAUAAUUGUCAUCGUGA